AUGCAUCCAGCCCCGAGCCUGGCCGAGGCCCCGCCUAGCACCAAUGAGUCUCGACCCGGCCAUAAUCCGUCCGCGAGCCCUGCAUCACACUCGCCCCGUGACUCUCAUGGCCCCGGCUCACCGUCCUCCCCGCCGGUGAGGAAGGACACGACUUCGUCCACCUCCACCAUCGCAACAACCGCAACCCUGGCAACUGGCACAUCCGGCGAGACUGCCCCUACUGUGUACGGAAACCUUGAGGCGUCGCCCAGUUUCACCACCCAAGCUGUCUUCUCUGUUAAGGACGGAGCAGAUGCUGCAGCAAACCGCCGGGCUAGUCGGCGGCGAACCGGCCCGCUGUCCGCCGUCCAGAGGGAACGAGCCGCUCUAAUCCGCAAGCUGGGAGCUUGCUCCGAUUGCCGACGCAGGAGAGUUGCCUGCCACCCCAAUCACCACAACAUGACCUGGGAAGAUGCCGCCCGAAAGUACCGGUCUCACAGCCCAAACGUGCAGGAGCUUGUUCCGGUGUCUGGCCGCCUCAGCCCUGCACCGAUGAGCGCCAAAACCGUCUACCAUGACCCUCAGGAAAUGGACCUAGACGCUUCGCCCGCGCAGCAGCCCGGCCGUCCGCCUCUAAGCGAGACGCGCAUCCGGACCCCUCUGCCGUCAGGCCCGCGGCUAGACAAGCCUGCAUCCGUCACGUCCCUGCCGGGCAUUGACAGCCUGAAGACUGACCUCCAGGGCGUGGCUGCCAGGAUCGUAUCCGAUCCUUAUGGCAGCCGGUAUGCCACGGUGCAAGCCCUGCUGCUGCAUUGGCAGGACGACGACGAUCAGAGCGUCCGGGCCGCCAUUAGCGACCUGGCCAACGUGCUCGAGUCGUCCUACCGCUAUACGUUCAAAAUCAAGUCCAUCCCAUCGUCCUCCAAUUGCAAGAGCUCGUGGAGGUGGCUGUCACGCGAGAUAAACGAGUUCAUCGACUAUCACGAUCAGCGAGACGUCUUGAAGAUUGUUUAUUACAACGGACACAGCUAUCUCGAUGCCAACCGAGAGAUGAUAUUGGCAAGCUCGAGAAAUCCCGAAACGGCAUCGCCCAUCAGGUGGAGCGGUAUCCAGCAGAUACUGGAAGAUGCGUGCUCGGACACGCUCAUCAUCAUGGAUGCUGCUUACUAUCCAUCGUCAAAACUCGUGCGCAAACAAGGUGUUCUCGAGUUGAUCGCCGCAUCAGCUAGCGAAGACCAUGCCAAGUUGCUCGAUCGCGGCUCCUUCACACGCACCUUGGCCGACCUGAUGCACACGAGAGCCAGCCAAAAGUUCAUGAACCCUCUGUCUGCUGCAGAGCUUCAUGCCAAACUGCUGUCCUCCUACCCGAAGAUGAUUCAGGAUAGACAGCCGGAGAAGGAGGUGCUCACCAGCUUCCCUUCCCCUCUGCAUGUGCAGAUAAGUGGCGAUAGUCGGCUUCCGUCGAUUCUCUUGGCACCAAUCCACAGAGGCCUCGCGCCCUUCGUGUUGGAUGCCGUGCAGAGCGGCCCUCAGCUGAACUUCAGCUUCCGGUUGACGGACGACAGCAACUUCAACGCGGAGGCCUGGUCGGAAUGGCUUCGGACCAUGCCGGAAGGAAUCAGAGACGUCAAGGUGGAAGGCCCCUACCGCAACAAUACGUUACGAUGA